CGCAACCUGUUGGCUGCCUGGCGUCUGUGUACCAGCAAAAGUCACUUGCUUCGCUUCGGGUGUGAUACAAACAACUUUGUAUGAAUACCAAACAUUGGUUUCUGUAUACUGAGAGUUUGAAGGACGCUUCGACGACGAGAAAUACUUCCUAAAACUCGCGUGUUUCCAGGAAUACGCACAUUUCUAGGACUUCAACUUUGUUUUUCUUUUAUUUUAACGUAUUUGUUUCAGUUAGAUAGUGUUGUAGAUUAGGGAAACAUGUCAAAACUGGAGACCUUGCUGGAAGAUGGACUAAAAUCAGAGCUGGUCCUCCAGCAGCACCUCAAGGCUCUGAGAGACGCCCCCACACAAGAGCUGCUGGAGACGGAGAGAAGACAGACAGAGGAGCUGGAGAAGAGGAUUCAACAGAACUCUCUUAUGUCAACAAAAUAUGUGGGAAUGAGAAGAUCUACCUCUACAUCUGCCCUGACCUCAGAAAAAAACACAUAUUUCAGUCCCAAACAGUCAGAGAGGCUUAACUCAUCUUCUCCAGCUGCGGUAUCUCCAGCACACUGGAGACAUCGAUCUGUUAGGACUCAACAGUGUGAGCGAUUAGCUCUAUCUAAGACAACGCAGCAGAGCAAAGAGGAAGAAGCCGAAGCUGAGUGUCAGAAGAAGUUCUGUGCUCUUCCUGUCCCCGGCCAUGUCGUCCAGCCCGUCUACCACAAGAUGGUGGAGCUGAGAGAGAAGGAGAGGAAGCAGGGCCAUGAACAGAGGAGGCAGCUAUUACUCUCCAUUCAAAGGCCUUUCAGCUUCCAGAUAAGAGAGAAGGACAAAAGGGAGAAGCUCUUAGCGAUGUUAAACCAAGUCUCCCAUGAUCAGAAAACCAAUGCUGCCCCUGUUAAAAAAACACCUGACAAAAACACAAAAGACUCAACAGACACUGAGCUGAAAGAGGGUUGUGGGGGGCUGGAGCCUAUUUCAGCUUGUAUCAAGCAAGAGGCGGGUUGCAGGAAAGCACACGCUCAGAUGACAAUACAGCAGGAGAAUCCCACUAGGACCGGCAGCCCAAAACUUCGCACCGCUGAGCGCACACGGAAAGAAAAGCUGGGAUUCCUGGACAAGGAGCCGAGCUUCCAACCGAAGAUCAUCCAUCGGGUCCCAAACUUUAGCACGCUGCACAAGGCCUUACAGACACAAGCGCUGAAGCAAACACAGAGCACGGAUGUGACGAGGUGUCAGCCCUUCUCACUGAGGACAUCAGCUCUCCCCGAAAGGCAAAGUAGGAUGAUCCCGGAAAAAUCACAGGUACCUAAAAUGAGUAAUCUCAGCAGAAGCAAAUCACUUGGGGCCUUAACGUGUAUGUCCAAUGAUACACUCCCCACAUACAUCACCGACGCUGUGAGGAAGCGCUGUGUGGCUAUCAGGAAGUCAAUGGAGAUGAGGGAUAGUAAGAAUCAAGAGAGCGCAGACUGGUUGAGGAACUACCAGUUGCGGUCCCAAGCCAUGAAAAAGACAGUAGCCGUCCAUGCAAAGCUGCUGGACCCACACAGCAGCCUGAAAGAAGUGUAUAAUGAGAAGCUACAGCAUCAUCGGGAAGCUGAUCAAAAAAGAAUGAGGGAGUACACGAGAGAACUACGGGACAUGAAGGCCAGAGUUAGCGAACGCCCUUAUUUGUUUGAACAGGUGAAACAGAGAAACGCGAAGGCUCGGGCCGAACAGACCUACAGGAGCAAGCUCAAGAAGGCCGGAUUAAAGGAACAAUUUGUUGAAGAAAGAGGAGAAGCAAAGUUCUCUGAGGAUGAUACAGACCUGAGUGACUACAGCGCUGCAAAUGACAUUCAUAGCAGGGAAGAAAAUGUGGACGAUGGGAAGAAAAUUGAAGAUGUGGAAGAGAAGAGCGUGAAGUCCAAAUGGGAAGAAAUGCCAUGAUCAAAAAGGUUCAGGCGGCACUGAGUUUUUUGUGGCCUCUCCACUAGAAAACAACACUGUCC